AAAGGAAUGGAAAUCAUUAUGAUCCGUAAGGAAUGAAUGUCUGCGCAACGUGGGUAUUUGAUCCACCAAUGGUGUCUUGGUUUCUGUAGCAUGUUGGAAUAUGUAUGGUCCUGUAUUUUCAUUCGUGGUAUUCAGUCUCCAGUUGGAAAUGUAUUUUUUAAUGCUUUUCUUAAAUCUUCGCUAACAGAGCAAUCUGUCGAAGUAUCAAGAAGGCGUGAUACACUCUAAUAACAAAGGAGUAUGUGGGGAUAAACAGGAGACCGUCGGAAGGACAGUUACUUUCAUCAUGAAGAUGCGAGCAUAAGGAGUAUUGUUGAUGGAAAAUAUUGGACGGCAUGUGGAAUGAAAUAGCUUGAAAGGGUAUUUACAAAGUGAAACAAGUUUGAUUUUGAGCAGAUUGUAGUGUAAUUGGAUCCACGAUGAUAUUAGUGUACUGGUGUAAAUUUUGUUUUGUGGAAGAUGAAUACAAAGAAACUAUAAAUUUAGAUGACCAUUUGCUUCGUCGGGUGCUGCAUACCAGUACAUAAAAGUAAUACACUGUCGGAUAAAGAACAGUUACGACAAUGAGUCGUCAAUCAUUGUCACGAAAAGCAUCGCUCAGUCGUAAGCUGUCGAAUGACAAGAGGGACCAGAAGACCAAAGACCAGAAACAGACGAAAGGCGAAGACACACGCGAAGACUUUGUCGCUAGGGGCAUCUUCGGCGACGUCCCUCUCACUGAUACAGAACGUCGUUUCCUCACAGCAGCUGAGACAGGGAACCUAGAGCAGGUACAGCUGUGUAUCCGGGAAAAUGGUUCCCUGAACCUGAACUGUCGCGACUACCUAGGCCGCACAGGUCUACAGUUGGCUGUUCUCGGCGAGCACUAUGAAGCCAUACAGUUCCUUUUGGACAGGUGUAGCCUUGAUGUGGUUGAAGAAGGACUUCUUCACGCCAUCAAAACCGAGAAUGUAAAAGUUUGUGACAUGUUCCUGGCACAUCCAAUCUACUCGGACAAACGAGCUCGGAUGGAGUUGGAAUUUCAGCAUGGCUUCUAUGAUCAAGAGGAAAGUAGUUCCAGCUUCGCGCCAGAUAUAACUCCAAUUGUGUUAGCUGCCCAGUGUAAUAAUUUUGACAUUGUUCACAUGUUGAUUCAGAAAGGAUUUACUAUUCAAACACCCCAUCAUUACUUUUGUCUGUGUACAGAGUGUACUAACCACAAAACAUUUGACCGUUUUGUCCAUUCCCGGUCGAGACUGAAUGCCUACACUGGCCUAGGGAGCUCGGCCUACUUGUCACUGUCCAGUGAUGACCCAAUAGGGACAGCCUUUGAACUAAGUCGGGCACUGCAGAUACUGGCGGAGACGGAGAAGGAGUACAAGAACGAGUACAAGGCCCUGAGUGAACAAUGCAAGAGGUAUGCGGUGGAGCUUCUGGAUCUGUGCAGGUCUAAUGAGGAGGUCAUGGCAGCCCUUCAUGGGGGAUCAAACGUGCGGGAUCUCUCAAGGAUAAAAACCGCCAUCAAAUAUGAACAGAAAAAGUUCAUUGCCCACGCCAGUUCUCAGGAGCAUCUGAUGAGCAUGUGGUACACCGGCGUGCCAUGGUUCCAACAUCAGCCGGUCAUGAUGAAACUUUUCCUUGCACCGCUCGGAAUAAUGUUCAUACCUGUCACGGCCAUCGUCUACGUAUUCCUGCCCUACUCUAAGAUUGGCGAGGUAUUGAGAAGUCCUUUUAUGAAGUUCAUGAACUACAUUUGUUCCUACACGGCGUUCCUCGUCCUGCUGUUUGUGGCCACCACACUGGGAUCUUCUAACCAUGCGGACUUGUUUGAGGGCACAAAGGGUACCGUCAACAGUCUCAUCAUGUUCUAUGUAUUAGGCAUGUUCUGGGCGGAGUGUAAGCAGCUCUGGGAGGAGGGUGUGAGGGAAUACUUCUCCCAGAUCUGGAACUACAUGGACAUCAUGAUGUUGGCUCUGUACACAGCAUCGUAUGCAGUAGAGGGGGUUAUCUACACUAAGACCAAAGACAUUCACACAACCGGGCUAAUAUCAAGCGAGGAUGACAGCAUCCCAAACCCACAGAUACUGUCCAAGGUCCUCUUUUCCGUUGCCAAUGUACUGAGCUUCGCCAGAAUCGCCUAUAUCCUCCCGGCCAGCGAGACGUUUGGCCAGCUUCAGAUCUCAUAUGGCAGAAUGCUGCAGGAUGUGGGCAAGUUCAUCUUCAUCUAUUUCACCGUCAUGAUCGCCUUCAUCUGCGGGCUCACCAGCCUUUACAGUCUCAGCCAGAACGAGCAUUUUUCCAAUCUGAUGCAGACCUCAGGGACUUUGUUCUGGGCAGCUUUCGGGAUGGGAAACUCUGAGGCCCCCAAGAUCAGCGAGGGCGGGUCCCACAAGGUAGUGGAGAUGGUGGGUUUCAUUCUGUACGGAGUGUACAUACUGGGAGCUGUGGUAGUUCUCAUCAAUAUGCUCAUAGCCAUGAUGAGUAACACAUUUGAAGAAAUUCAGAUAGACGAAGACAUGGAGUGGAAGUUUGCACGUGCAAAAUUGUGGAUAUCAUUUAUAGAAGAGGGCACGACUUUACCUAUUCCUUUCAAUAUCAUUCCGACACCCAAGUCCAUUCUCAAGUUAAUCCUCUUCUUUAAGACCUGCAGUAGAAGAAAAACACCAUUUGACAGUGACGACACGGAAAAUGAUGACGACGGUUUUGAGUUCGAUUAUAAGGCAAUCAUGCAUAAAGUGGUUCUGCGCUACGUCCAUAAGAUGAAGUUCGACAAGAAAGGAGAAACACUGAAGGACGACAUAACUGAAGCCAAAGAUGAGGUGUUAAACCAGUUAAACAGCUUUUACAGUAAAAUAUCAACAAAAAUUGACGCAUUGGAGAAAAAUAUUCAGGAAGUCAAACACUCAGUUGAGAUCAAAGAAACGGAGGCUCCUUCAACCUAUCAGCCACAACAAACAAACUCCGCAUCGUCUCACUCCAUCAACAACACACGUGCAGACAGUAUACAUAAACAUGGAACUGCUCGUGCUGAUAUAAAACCUCAUGGUCCUAAUAUUAUCAGGCAGAGUCCACAACUGGCAAGACCCGGCUCAAGACCCAGAGAAACACAUGUUGUGGUCCAGAAAAAAGCGAGUCCUUAUGAGUCUGAAAAUGGUGACGGUCACUCUCGAGGAAGACCAGAGCACAGGAGUCACAGUGUCAAGCAAAACAAUCAUCCCAGAGGUCGAGAGUCUAUGAGUAGAAGGACACCGUCUCUAGAGAAAAUGCCAGAGAACAAGAGAAACAGUGUGAUUAGAAGGACACCAUCUCUUGAGCGGAGACCACAGGAUCAAAUUCAAUAUCAAGCCAUACAGCAGCGAACACCUUCCUUGAUGAGAACAACUACCAGCAGGAGAGGAGAUCCGAGAUCGCCAUCUGAGGAGAUGCCGCUUAUUGACAGGCGUCUUAAUCAACAAAACCCGUACGAUAAUUGGCAACACGUCCAAACGUACGAACUACGCACUGUAAGAGGUCCUCAAGGAAGCUAUGCAUGCAGAGAAAGUUCGCUGGACAGACAUAUGCGGACGCAGUCCCUCUCUCGACCACGUCGAUCAACAUCCCCCAACGACCGUAUGGGUAUUAAGGAAGUCUGAAAAGAACUAAUAUCUGGCUACUUUUAUAACAGCAUGGCACCCUGCAGGCCUUGGAUACCUACCCAGACGGCGAUGUAUUGGACUGCACGCUCCUUCCUUAAUGGUAUGCUCACGGGGCAUUUGGCACCUCUUUUGAUGGUACAUGGUUCCAGAUGUUGCAUCUGAACGUGGGAACCAAGGCAUCCUGGUCGUGCAUUGCGCGCCUACCCUGGCCGUGCAUUGGGCACCUACCUUUUUAAUGCAUUGAGCACCUAUGUUUGUAAUGCUCUGGGCGCCUACCCUAGCUGUGCAUUGGGUACCUACCUUUUUAGUGCAUUGGGCACCUAUCUUUGUAAUGCACUGGGCGCCUACCCUGGCUGUGCAUUGGGAACUUACCUUGAGCGUUGUUGCGAACCUUCUGGUCGUGCUUUGGGCGCCUACCCUGGGUGUGCAUUGAGAACCUACCUUGGUAGUGUAUUGCCAACCGUCCUUGACAGUGCGCAGGGCAUCCCGGUUGUGCUUUGGACGCCUACCCUGGCUGUGCAUUGGGAACCUGCCUUCGUAGUGUAAUGCUAAUCUUCCUUGGCAGUAGAUAGGCUAUCCUGGUUGUGCUUUGGACGCCUACCCUGGCUGUGCAUUGGGAACCUGCCUUCGUAGUGUAAUGCUAAUCUUCCUUGGCAGUAGAUAGGCUAUCCUGGUUGUGCUUUGGACGCCUACCCUGGCUGUGCAUUGGAAACCUGCCUUCGUAGUGUAAUGCUAAUCUUCCUUGGCAGUAGAUAGGCUAUCCUGGUUGUGGUUUGGACGCGUACCCUGGUUGUGCAUUGAGAACCUGCCUUCGUAGUGUAAUGCUAACCGUCCUUGGCAGUGCAUAUAAGGCAUCGUGGUUGGGCCUACCAAGGCUGUACGAAAAAGUCAUUACUUGUUGUUCAUUUUGUCUCUUUGUUUUUGUGUUCCACACAUUUUGCACUUCCGUGGUUAUAAUUCCGCACUGAAUUCUGUUGACUUUAAUAAUGUAGUAGUCAACGGUGUGGCGUCUUUAAAUGCGUUACAGUUACCAUGGCAACACCAUCCAAAACAACGGUAUGGGUCGGUUUCCUACGAAGGACAAUGAAUGGUACUGGUAUAUUGUGGAAACCAAAGCAAUAGACAAAUGUUCUUCCACGAAGGAUAUCUUCUGUUAUGCAAAUUAUUUUAUUUAUAUAUUUAUUAAUCGACUUUUUUAUGGUCGUUAGAAUAUGAAAUAAUUAGUUUGGAUGAUAAUAAAUAGACACUAUAGAUCGAA